AUGGUGGUCAAUGUUAGACAAUCUGCAGAGCUAGUAUGUAAGCUUGCAAAACAUGUUCAAAUCAAGCAAGAUGGUAUCAAACAAGUCGCUAACAUGAUUGUGAAAGCACUGCAAUCAAAUUCCUACAGUAUACAGUCUUGGAAACAGCAUGAUCUCCAUCCUAAAGAUAUGAACGAAGCAACAUUAAAUUGGAUACUCGUCCUGGAUACGCUAAACUUUUCCUUUUGGACAGAAAAUCCACAGAAAUUUGUCAUCCGAUAUAAAGAAAAAAAUUAUACUGGGUAUUGGUCGCUUGUUGCUGCUAUCAAUAGAGCACUCGAUGAAGGAAUACCAUUGACUACACCACAAUUUUAUGCCGAUAUUACCACACAGCAAUUUGAAACUAUAUUUAGAUCUGAAACAGAUACUAGAAUUCCUCUGGUUGAAGCCAGAGUUAAAAAUCUUCGUGAAGUUGGUCGAAAAGUGAUUGAGAAAUUCGAUGGCUCCUUCGUUAACUGUAUAAAGCAGUGCAAUCAAUCUGCGGAAAAACUACUAGAAAGCAUUACCUCAACCUUCGAUUGUUUUAAUGAUGUAUCCACCUUUCAUGACAUUCAAGUUGGAUUUUAUAAGCGAGCUCAAAUACUCAUUGCAGAUAUUUGGGCUUGCUUUGAGGGACAAGGAUUUGGUUACUUUCAAGAUAUCGAGUACAUUACCAUGUUUGCUGAUUAUAGGUACGUUUUGGCUUUUAUGAAUGUCCUAACAUACUCUGAUUCAUUGAUGCAGCAUCUGAAAGACGGAACCGAAAUUAAGGCAGGAGAUGUUAUGGAGUUAGAAAUUCGAGGAUCAUCUAUUUGGGCGGUAGAGGUAAGUUCUCAAAUACAAGCCAAUGAAGAUUUACGACAGCGUGAUUUAAUAGUUAAUUCUAUCAUCAUUGAUUUUUAUCUAUGGGAUUAUUGUAAAGAAUAUCGAUCAGAAAUAGAUGUUAUCCCAAUGCAUAAAACACGUACUAUUUUCUAUUAA